AUGCGGAACAAACAGACGAAACGAAAAGACGCCAGCACGGUGGGCACCGUGAACAUGGUGGAAGCGGCAGAGACGGAGACGGCGCGCCUAACUAGCGAGAACGUUCGAUUGACGAUGGAGAUUGCGCGGCUGAAUGCGGAGAACAGUCGUCUAGCGCAGGAGACCGAGCGGGUUGGACAAUCGGCGGAGGGGCUGGCGUUGGCGAAGUCUGACUUAGCUACGGUGAAGGGCGAGCUCGCGAGUGUGCAUGUGCAGAGAGAGAGCGUUGCGGAGGAGCUUAGGACGGUUCGGCAUGAGUUGGGUGUUUUGAGGGCGGAGGUGGCGAGACUGGUGGGUGAGAAUCAAGAGCUAGAUAUGAGGUGUAUUCGCGUAGAUGAGGAGUUUGUUGAGGUUCGAGGAGAGCUGGUGAAGUUGAGGGAGGAGCUGCAGAUGGCGGAGGCGGGCAGUGUAGAACUGCAGUCUGCGAAUACACGAAUGGCGGAAGAGUUGGAGGCUGCAUCGAGACUGAAUGUGGCAAUGAAGGAUCGUGUUUCUGAGAUGGAGAUGGACGAGAUCCGAGCUGGUGAGGAGAUGGCAGUGUUGAGAGCAGAGGUACAGGCAUCGAAGAUGCAGACAGAGAAUCUGGGGGUCAUGGAUUUUAGCUUGCCGGCUGCUGAGAAGUGCAUCUCGGAGAGGGAUAUGGAGAGAAUUCGAGCGGGUAAAAGACCUACAACGCUGAGUGAGGAACUAGAAACGUCACAGGUGGGGAUGAAGAUUCUAAGUGGCCUUAAUUCAGGUCAAGGGCUGGUAGCUGCUAGUAUGAGGUCAGGUUCGGUGAUGAGGAAGCUCGAGCAGAUCUGGGACCACAAAAAUAACCUCAUCUUGGACCUACACAAUAGACUCAUGAAGGCUGAUCUUAAUGAGGAGUUGAUCCGAGACAACAACAACCAGCUGAAGCGCGAACUAAGGGCUGCGAUGCAAGAUUCCGAAUCCUUGAAAGAGCAGACGAAGAUUCUCCACGGGGAGAGUCACGCACUUGCCAAAGAUUUUGUUGCUGUCAAGACACAGUUAAAUUCAGUAAACAAUAGUCUUGAUAUGGCGCAGGCAGAAACAGAAGGCCUUGAAGCAAAUAUUAGACGACUGGUGGAAGAGGCUGCUGCAAAGGAUGGGGAAAUCGAGGCUAUGAUGUCAGAGCAGGGUCGCCUACGAAUUGAAUGCAACAGGUUGUCCUCCUCGAAUUCUGAGCUUGAGCAUCAAAAGGCCACUCUUCAGGAUGAUCUUACCAUAGAAAAGAAGAAAACCAUAGCCAGCUACCUGUCAUCACGGUCAAAGUUGGCGCUCAUGGGAGAGAAAUCAAGACAGCUAGAGGUCGUGUCUACCGAGCUCAGGAGUGCCACCGAAGAGAGAUCGAAGCUUCAGAGGCAGAACAGCUCAUUACGGCGUGCCUUGCAAGCAUCCGCUAGGGCACAGGGAAAGGUGUUUGUUGAGAGUCCAGAAACCAAGUAA